AUGGACGUCUCGGAGAAGUUCUACCGAGGAAGAGACGCCAUCAGCGCUGGACACUGUGACAGAGAAGACACCAAAUCAGUUUGUGGCAAGCCCUGGUGGCCGGAGGACAAGGACGUGAGCCGCCACUGGCCCUGGGAGGUGAGCCUCCGCGUGGAAGAUGAGCACGUGUGUGGAGGGGCCCUCAUUGGCCACAAAUGGGUGGUGACCGCUGCCCACUGCAUCAAAGGCACCAAAGAGUACUCCGUGACUCUCGGCACCGCUCAGCUGAAGCCCGCGAACCCCAGGAGGGCCGUCUCGAUCCAGGUGAAGGACAUCAUCAUGCACCCCAAGUUCUGGGGCCGGACCUUCACCAUAGGCGACGUCGCCCUCCUGCAGUUGCACACUCCCGUCGUCUUCAGCAAGUACGUGCAGCCCAUCUGCCUCCCGGAGCCCACCUUCGACCUGAAGGUGGGGAUGCAGUGCUGGGUGACCGGCUGGAGCCAGGCCAAGCUGCGCUACUCAGCCAACUCCACGCUGACCCCCGAGCUGCAGGAGGCGGAGGUGUUUAUCAUGGACAACAAGAGGUGUGACCAGAUUUACCGGAAAGAGUCCCCCAUCCCCCACAUCCUCCCCCUUGUCUUGGGGGACAUGAUCUGUGCCACCAAUUACGGAGAAAACCUGUGCAAUGGGGACCCUGGGGGCCCAUUGGCUUGCGAAGUGGAGGACAGGUGGAUUCUGGCUGGGGUGAUGUCCUGGGAAAAGGCUUGUGCCAAAGCACAGAACCCAGGUGUGUACACACGCGUCACCAAAUACAGCAAAUGGAUCAAGAACCAAAUGAGCAACAGGGCUCUCUCAGGCCCCUGCACCUCCGUCUGGCUCCUUCUCCUGACCUGGCUGCUGCCUCUCCGGAUGGGCCCCUGA